CAAGAAGAAAUUAACCUACAAGCUUAUUGAGUUCUUAUUUCUUAACAUAAAAAUUGAAAAUGAAUUUAAGGAAGCAAAACAAAGGAAUGCUAUUAUCCAAGUCAAAUCAUAAGACCCAAAAAGUUGGCAUUAAUAACAACAUUAGAUUAUUACUCCUAUUUUUGUUGAUUAAUUUUUCAACUUUUUUGUAUUCAUCAAUCAAUUCUAAUUCAUUUUCAAGUGGGUUCUUUUUAAUCGGGUUCGGGUAGUAACUAUACACAAAUCCCCAAUUCUUUAAUUUUCUCUACUUCUGAAUUUCAAUCCCACAAUCCCUAAUCUCAAAUCUUUUCUCUCUCUACUCUCAAUUCCCUAAAGUUUUUCCCUUCUGAAAUUUUCUUCCGCCGACAACAUUGAAAUCUUCCGUCUUUUUCUCAAAUUUUGAUUUUGUUGAACUCUAAUUUUACAUCUCUGUGAAAUUAUUGAUCAAUUUUUAUUAUUAACAUUAAGUUUUAGUUUCAUAGUUGGGUUUUUAGUUAAAUCCUUAAUUUUUAGAAGGUGGGUUUAGAUCAAAUUGGGAGUUUUUCAAAUUUUUAUUGCUUGAAGGAAUUGGUAGGUAUAGCAGUAGAAGAGUUGAAAGGAAUUAAUGUAAAAUAAGGGUUUUGAUAAGCUUUUGUAAUUGCUGGGAAAUAGUUAUUUUUGGUAGAGAUUGUGUGCCGAAGAAGAAUAUGAUGCAGAGUAGUAGUAGUAACGGUAAUAUUAUAGGGAGUUUGAAACAAAAUUGCAGUGUUCUUGCUGUUGUUUGUGAUAGUAAGGUUAGAGGACGUCAAACCGAAGAUCGAUUAAGGUACCCUUUUCCUGGAUUAGGAUCUUCGAGCCGGUUAGAGGUUAGGACAUUGAAAAAUCCUAGCUUGGAUGAGUUAUGGAGAACCCUUGAAUCAUGGAAGCCCAAUGUGGUGUAUUUACAAGGGCUAGUAUUGCCAAAUGAUGAAAUUGGGUCUUUAGUAUGGGAUGGUGGUGAUUUAUCUAAUAAUGCUGAAGUGAUAGCUGAAGUUUUUAGUCAUGUAUUGCCUGCAAUGGUUUAUCUGGAGAUUCCAAAUGGUGAAAUAUUGGCUGAUGCUAUUCAUUCUAAGGGUGUUCCAUAUGUCAUAUUUUGGUGGAACACAUUUUCGUGCUUUGCAGCUGCUCAUUUUCGAAAUGCUUUAUUUUCAGUUGUACAAAGCUCCCCAUGCCAUACCUGGGAUGCUUUUCAACUGGCAGAUGCAUCUUUUAGACUUUAUUGCAUCAGGAACAAUGCAGUGGUUCCAAGAAACAGCCAAAAGAUUGUUGGUAAACUUGGUCCAUCUCUUCUUGGGGAAGCUCCUAUUAUUGAAGUUGCUUUGCCCGAGGUUGAUGUUGGCGAAGAUGAAGAUGGCGAAGAAGAAGAUGGCUCUGGAAGUAAUUUAUCUGCUAUCAAAAUCCACGACGAUGAUGUGAGCACGAGAUUUCUGAUAUGUGGGGUGGCAUGCUCAUUGGAUGCAUAUUUGUUGGGAUGUUUGGAGGAUGGACUGAAUGCUAUUUUGGGAAUAGAAAUGCGUGGGAGCAAGCUUCAAAGCCGCUUCAGUGCCCCACCACCACCACAGCAGGCAGGUGCAUUCUCGCGUGGUGUUGUGACCAUGAAAUGUGAUAUUUCUACCUGUAGUGCUGCUCAUAUUUCUCUUCUGGUGUCUGGAAGUGCACAAACUUGUUUUGAUGAUCAGCAAUUGGAAAAUCAUAUAAAGAAGGAGGCCAUUGAAAGAAGUCAGCUCAUACAGGCAGUACCAUCUUCGGAAGAAACUAAAUUACCUUCAUCUGAGCCUCGAACAUCUGUCUCAAUUGCUUGUGGAGCAGAAGUUUUUGAAGUAUACUUGAAAGCACCGUCAUGGGCCCAGCAGGUAUUGCGGCAGUUGGCACCAGAAAGUUCUUAUAGAAGUCUAGUAGCCCUUGGAAUUGCUAGCAUUCAGGGAUUGGCUGUUGCUUCAUUUCAGAAAGAUGAUGCUGAACGUCUUCUGUUCUUCUGUAAAAAACAAGAGAAAGUUCAACACCCACUCAACAGUGAUCUAGUUGCCCCACCAAGUUGGCUGAGACCACCUCCUCCAAGCAGAAAUUUUUCGGAAAGAGGUCAAGGAUCAAGCCCGUGUUCACAUUACAGUUCAUAUUCUAAAAAUCAACUUGGCAUGACGAGAUCUGAGCUAGAAGAUAAAGAAACUAGAUUCUCUAAUGGGACUUACAGUCCUGUUGUUCCCAUCCGGAAAAAAUUAAAAGUAGCAGCAAUGAGACCCAUACCUUUCACCAAUGUUCGGCAAAUGAUGCCUUUUUCGGGCAUAGUGCAAACAGAUAGUUAUGAUACUGGUCAAGGGAAGCCCAGCUUGCCUUCUGUUCCACCAACCAAGCAUAGUAUCUUGGCUUCACAUCCUGCUCCAAACAGAAGGGCAUCAAACGCAUAUCAGGCUAAGCAGAUCAUAUCUUUAAAUCCAAUGCCUCUGAAAAAACAUGGAUGUGGUAGACCACCUAUCCAGUUGUGCUCUGAGGAGGAUUUUUUGAAGGACGUUAUGCAGUUUCUUAUUCUCCGUGGACACACUCGACUUGUUCCGCACGGUGGGUUUGAAGAGUUCCCUGAUGCCAUCCUCAACUCUAAGAGGCUUGAUCUAUACAACUUGUAUAGAGAGGUUGUUUCAAGAGGAGGCUUUCAUGUUGGUAAUGGCAUCAAUUGGAAAGGGCAAGUUUUCUCUAAGAUGCGGAAUUACACUGCUACCAAUAAAAUGACUGGUGUUGGAAACACGCUCAAACGACAUUACGAAACUUACCUGCUGGAAUAUGAAUUGGCUCAUGACGAUGUGGAUGGAGAAUGUUGCUUAUUAUGUCGCAGUAGUGCAGCCGGUGACUGGGUGAACUGUGGUAUAUGCGGGGAGUGGGCCCACUUUGGUUGUGAUACACGGCAAGGUCUAGGCGCGUUCAAGGAUUAUGCGAAGACAGACGGAUUAGAGUACAUUUGUCCGCAUUGCAGUGUCGCAAAUUUCAGGAAGAAGGUGCAAAAGACUACAAACGGGUAUUCAGACGGUUCAACAUAUUCACGACAUGUAUGAUUGUGUAUUAUUUUGCAAUUUCUAUUCUUCGUUUCAUUUACUGAGGCUAUUUUUGCUGCCAUCGUCGAGAAUUUAUUAUUAGUAGUAUUUUAAGGUGGGAUUAAAUUGUAUUUUUGGGGUGGUGGCUGCUGGUAUUUUCUGAAAUGGAUAUACCAUCUAGAGGACACAAUCAAUACACACAGCGGAUGGAGAAUCACAGUCGGGGAAGAGAUGAAGAACGAUAACUUAAUUUCGACAUAACUUUUAAGGGAGAUGGCAGAGUUUAUAGGAAAUGGAUCCAAGAGAAAAGGUCUAGGAGCAAAUGAUUAUAUUUAGGUAGAUUAUUUAGCAUUUUGGAUCCUUCAAUCCUUAAUAGGAGUUGAUAUUGUACCUAACAACAGUGUAAAGUAGUCCUUUAUUGUUAUAUUUACCAUUUUUGCUACAUAUUCUGCCAUGGUUUAAAGCAAUGCAUAUUAUUCGCAUCCGAUCCAUUGAGGGGCUUUGCUUGAGGGAUUUUUUUCUUCCCUUCAAGUAGAAGUAUAUUACAACUUUGUAUUGUUCGAGAAUUUUCAUUCUUCCUAAUUCUGUCUCGGUGUUUCGAUCAUGGAGGGUAAGUUUUAUUUAUUUAUUUUUUUUUUUUGUGAAUACCGUCUCUAGCAAUAUCCAUGGAGGACGACAAAGGAUCACAUUUACGACUGGCAUUCUGGUCGAGAAAAGAUCUAUUUAAGGCCUAGGAAAGGUUACUUGUGGGGUUUAUUUGCAUUGUGAUUUUGAGCGUUUAAAGGUAGAAAAUUGAUGACUGCUAGAGCCGUUAUGAACCUACUGGUUUUAUGGUUGUAUUGAGGGUAAAUAUAAGAAAAAAUGAAAUUCGAAUUAUGUAAAUGAAGGUAAGUAAAGUGACUUUAAAAGGGGAGAUGAAGAACAAAGAAUAUAAUGGUAUGAUGAAGAAAAAGAAAGAUUAUCAAUCUUAUUUAUUUAGCGUAAUAGAUG